AGUCACUCCGAGUUUGGGAAUGGACUCGGAAGUCACGCAGUUACGUCUGCCAUUUGAACAAAGGUACCACUUGAGGUAUGGGAUUUGUGAAGAGGCAUCAUGGAACUUCCUCCACAGAAACACCAAAACAGCCUGCUAUGUUUCCCCGCCUUGCUAUGAAGAUCUUAAAAGCUUGUUUUCUGGCGCUCAUAGGCGUAUCAGCUGGUGCUCUUCUGGUGGCCUUCAAAUACCCAGAUAUCUUUAUACAAGUCGGAGUCUACAACCACGGAACAAGAACCAUACCAGACAACGACACUGAACAUAGCAACACACCUCCAACUACAAUCUGGACUCAAACUGUGACACCGUCAGGUAGUAGUGUUACAACCGACCAUGACAGAAAACAAUCGGACAAUGUGCAGAGUAUAUCCCCCAAACCGAAACCACAAUUAAAAGUUCAAACUUGGAAUCAUCCUAACGAUAACCCAGCAUUUUUCAAACGUCGGGAACACAAAGUUACUCCAUUGGAUUUUAAGUUUACAAUAGCUAGUGACGUGUGUGCUGAUGGUCAGACGGAUUUAAUUAUCCUUGUCCUGUCAAUGAUCCCACACAGAGAUUUUAGGAACUCGAUACGCGAGACUUGGGGCAGCUUCACACACAAUAACACAUGGUCUGGGACAUCCUUAUCACUUGUUGUCAGACUUGUGUUUAUUUUCGGUGAAACUGGAAAUGUUUCAGAAAAUAAAGACUUACUGAAGGAAGCUUCAGAGAAUCAUGACAUUGUCCAGGCAAAUUUUAAAGAAAGUUAUUUCAAUCUUACCUAUAAAGUUCUGUGUGGAUUUCAGUGGGUAAAAAAUCAUUGUCCCGGAACCAAAUUCAUUAUGAAAAACGACGAGGAUUCGUUUGUCCACAUCCCAUGGUUGGUAGAACGUUUACAGUCAACGGACUGGAACAGUAGGAUCAUCGGACCAUAUUUUACCAAUGAAAUCCGUCACGCAUCAGGGAAAUACGGGGUGAGUCAACAAGCCUACCCCUUCCGUGUUUAUCCACCUCAUGUGAAAGGCAAUAUCUAUAUUCUGCCAACCAAUACGGCCAUGCAGAUUCUGGAAGCUGCAGAAUAUAUGCCCUAUGUGAACAUGGAGGAUGCCCACAUCACAGGGAUCCUUGCAAAGGUUGUUGGGGCAAAUCAUAAAGCCAUACCCAGGAAUGAAUACAAUCCCUAUGGAAGGCCGGGAGUCUGUGAUUUUGCAAAGAGGAAGAAAUUCGCUGGAAAUGGUGUCUCAGCAAAGUAUGCAAAAGACAUAUGGGUUAAAUUAGAAAAUCCUAAAUUAUGUAAAUAGAAAAGGCGAUAGUGUACCUUUGAACACCAGUGGCACCAGAAGAUGUAGAAUGUUGCUACUUUCUGCCGGCAAUGCGAUCGACUACAAGAUAUCCUUGUCAGCAGAGGUUACUGGCGGGACCGGGUGAAUGGGCUCGCUGACUUGGUUGAUGCAAAUUCCAGUUGUAAAGAUUGAAGCUCAUAAAGUCAUUGUCCGGAUUGUCUAGUCCAGAUUCGAUAGUUGAGUUGAGUUGGGCUUUACGUCACAUCGGCAUUAUUCCAGCCAUAUAGUGACGAGAACAAGUCUGCAUUAAUAAGCAUUUCUCACAUCGACGGGAUGAAGCUGGGAUGUAACUGAGAGCGGCGUUAGACAACAAAUAAACAAACCUGUAAAUCGAUUCAAGGAAUGUUGUCUACUUUCAAAGACGUGCUUAUGAACUGAUGAAUGGUUUACCAUUAUGUGUCUUCCGAAAAUAUGUAUUUUGGUUAAGAAAUAUUUCUGCCCAAAAUUAUCAAGAUAUUUUUUAUAAAAAAAUAUUUUUGUAAAUAAUUAUCUAUGACUGCUAGUCAAACACGGUGUUAUAUAAUUA